GAUAAUUUAUUGUCAUAUAUAUUACAGUAAAAAUAUUCAUACAUUGUACAAUUUAAAAGUUAUUAACUGCUGCGUUCAGUUUACACCGAAGUACCAACACUGAUAAGAUGAAAUGCUUUAAAAAAUCGAAGUCAGAUGCAGAUGACGAUGAACCGGAUCAUGCACUCUUAUACGGGAUUGAUGAGGUACCAGCAUGGUAUACAUGCAUUGGGCUUGGAUUUCAGCACUACCUGACAAUGUUAGGAUCAAAUAUUGCAGUUCCACUCAUUCUAGCGGAAGGAUUUUGUCUUCAGAAUAAUAACCUAGCAAAAUCUGAAAUCAUCAGCACAAUAUUCUUCGUCGGUGGAAUUGUGACAUUGCUACAAACAAGCAUCGGAGUGAGACUACCGAUAGUACAAGGUGCAGCAUUCUCAUUUCUGGCACCGACGCUGGCUCUUCUAUCUUCACCGAAGUGGAAAUGUAAUGCCAAUAAUCUAACAGAAAAUAACACAGAUGAUUGGCAAGCAGCCAUGAGAGAGGUUCAAGGGUCGAUCAUGGUCGCCUCGUCCGUGCAAUUUAUUAUCGGUAUCACGGGAGCAAUAGGUUUUCUGAUGAAGUAUAUUGGCCCCCUGACUGUCGCACCCACUGUAACUUUGGUUGGAUUAUCAUUAUUUGGUGCAUCAGCAGAUAGUUUUGCUGGAAAGCAUUGGGGAAUUGCAGUAAUGACAAUUGGUCUGAUCAUUAUAUUUUCGCAACACAUACGAACCGUGCCGCUGCCGUUUCCAUAUUAUGCAAGAGGCAAAGGAAUGAAAGUAUCCUGGAUAAAAAUAUUUAGUCUGUAUCCGAUUCUUCUCGCUAUUUGUGUUGUUUGGGGAUUCUGUGGAAUUUUAACAGCAACUGAUGUAUUUCCGACGAAUUCAACAAGUUACGGAUACGAAGCAAGAACCGAUAUUAGGCUGGGAGUAUUACAAGAAGCCGCAUGGUUCCGCGUCCCAUACCCUGGUCAAUGGGGAUUGCCGACAGUUUCUCUGUCUGGUGUACUUGGUAUGAUAAGUGGAGUACUCGCUUCAAUUAUUGAGUCGAUCGGUGAUUAUUAUGCAUGUGCUCGUCUGUGUGGUAUCUCUGCACCACCGAAGCAUGCUUUGAACAGAGGUAUUUUGGUGGAAGGAGUGGGAUGUCUAUUUGCUGGAGCUUGGGGAAGUGGAAGCGGAACAACAUCAUACAGUGAGAAUAUUGGUGCCAUUGGAGUAACUAAGGUUGGCAGUAGACGUGUUGUACAAACUGGUGCUUGUCUUAUGAUAAUUUUAGCAGUAAUUGGGAAGUUUGGAGCCUUGUUUACAACAAUUCCAGAUCCCAUCGUGGGUGGAAUGUUUUGUGUUAUGUUUGGAAUGAUUGCCGCUGUCGGAAUGUCAAACUUACAAUUUGUUGAUUUAAAUUCGACGAGAAAUCUAUUGAUAAUGGGGUUCGCUACAUUCAUGGGUAUUGCUGUUCCAGAAUGGGUGAAGAAAAAUGAAGAGUUGAUAUCAACUGGUAUACCCGAAUUGGAUCAAGUGUUUCUUGUUCUUCUUCAAACUGGAAUGUUUGUCGCUGGGUUUCUUGGAUUUCUACUGGACAACACAAUACCAGGAACGAAAAAAGAAAGAGGGUUGUUAACGUGGAACAAAGUACAGGAUGAUGAAGAGCAAAUCGAUGGAAUUUCUAUGCCUGCUUCACAUUAUGAUUUGCCGUUUGGAAACUGCGGAUGCAUGAAAAACAAUAGGUGCAAUAACUUCAUGAAAUAUAUACCAAUAUGUCCCGCAUUUGGCAAAGACACCAAACCAAAGGACAAAGAUGUAACUAUGGAAAAUGGGAUUGCGAUUCAUGAAUUUGAUCUUCCAGAAUCAACUCGUUUAUAACACAUAACACAAUGAUAAAUUUUGAGAACGGAACAUUUGGUGUGUUUUUAUUAUCAUAAAUUCAAAAUUCAAAACUUGGAUGCAUAAAAGGCUAGAUCAUAUAUAUGAAAUGAAGACCAAUUUUCUCUAUUUUAGCACUGUUUUGGCAGAUUACAAUUUUUUAAUUUUUACUUGAUAUAUAUGGCUUACUUUGAUACUCAGUUAUUUGCAUAGAGCUGUUUUAAAUCAUUGUUUUAUCGAACAUCUGCUACUGCCUGAAUUUCCUAAAAAAUGAACCCAAAACGAUUACACGAAACAACACCACUGUAAUAUAUAUUUUAUGGAUAGUUGACAACGAUGUAUCGCAAGAAUGUCUCUUCUACUUUUUUUGCUAAUGUUUGUGUUGAUCGUAUUGUAUUUGAAUAUUCAAAGUAUCAAUUCUUUUUUGCCAUUUUUCUACAAAUAAUGUAACUUUUUCAUUUGCGUUUUGUUGUUAUGAGGUGAAGUUUUUGUUUUUGUUGAAGUUUUUAUAGAAAUAUUUAUAUCAUGUUCCUUACUUUUGAUUUGAAAAUCACGUAUGUCAAACUGCUAGUUAAGAUUAUGCACAAUUCUGGUGGAUAACAUUUUGUCAACGAGAAAAUCUCCACAAGCGUGGGUUGAAUUAUUGGCUCUUCUCACUCUUGGUUAAAAGAAAAUAAUGUUCGUAUCAGAAGAGUCA